AUGUCGCAAGCAAUAUUUGAUAAAUUACAACCUAAUCAAAAAACUCAAGUAAAAUAUAUCUACUUUCAGAACAGUAAUUCAGAACCUUCUUUAUCGGGUUUUACACUUAACGUUUAUAAUGCCCAUCCUACUUAUGGAAACUUGCAAGGAAGCCUAAGCUUGGCUCAAUUUCCUAACCUCAGGAAAAUACAAUUUGUUAACAAUUUUUCUAUCGCGAAUUUAGAAGAAAUUGACAUUAGUGAGAAUAUAAAAUUAAAUAGGGUGAUUAUAAGUACAGAUGGCAAUGGAAAUCCUUUACAGAACGCUAGUUAUAGUCCUUUAAGUUGUAGUUUAUUGGCUAAAGAAAAGCAACUUAAUCAAGUAAUUGUAACUUAUUCUAGGCAAAUUCUACAUAAUAAUAAUACUUCAAUGCGAUGGACUGAAAUAAGCAAAUUAUUAAAAAAACAAUCAGCAAUACCCGUCUUUUUAAUUGAAGAUCAAAAAGCAGAACAGCAAGAAGCAGAAAUAAAAACAUUAAAACAGCAAAUCCAAGAAAAAGAUCAACAAAUAACAAACUUAACAAAACAAACCGAACAAACUCCUACUUUUAAACAAUUUCAAGAAUUAAACGAAAUAGCUUUACCUAGCUCUGAACUUAAUUUUGAUCUUCUAAAAAAAGAAAUCAAAAGACUUAAAUUGAAAGAUUUUAUUCCUUACUAUAAAAAGCAAAAAGAUGAUUUUGAACGUUUAGUAGCCAAUGCUAAAAAUAAAACUAAAGAAGGUCUAGGAACUAUUUUAGAUCUUUUAUUGCAAACUCAAAGUCAAAUCAUUGAAAGUGAGAAAACGGAAGAUUCUUUUGCUAAAGGUCAGCUACAAGGACAACUAACUACUUGUCAAACACUUUUACAAACCAAUUUAUCUAAAGAAGAAUUAAAAAAUCUUUUAAAUAAAAAAAACGAACAGCUAAAACUAGAACAGCAAUGGGCUAGUUUGCAAGGAAAUAAUGAAAAAACACACUUUGAUGAAAAAGAAACAGAAUCAUCUGAAGAAGAAAAGUAA